AGAGAAGAUAGAGCGGGUCGCCAGAAUUAGAGAUUGUAACAAAGACCUACGGACGGGGACUAUGAAGGAGAUCCACUUUCAUCCACACUUGCCUUCAGCAGUUUGAGGAAUUAUGCACAAACAUUUUUUUUUCUGGACGUUUAGUGAUAUUUAGCAAAACAUGGCAAGUGGAAAUUCACCAACAGAAAGAACAUACGGAUAUAAUGUCAUCCAUAUUUUUUGUCUGCUGCUUUUGUGCGAUAUGGUCUCAACAGAAUUACGUUAUUCUCUUCCAGAGGAAUCAAAGGUCGGUACUGUUUUGGGACAGUUAGCCAAAGAUUUGGGGUUAGAAUCGUCGGCUGUAGCAGGUAGGAACCUACGAAUUGUGUCGGGGACAAAGCAGGAGCUUUUUCAGGUAAAUGAAAGGGAAGGCGCUUUGUUUGUUGGAUAUAGAAUCGACAGGGAGGAGAUAUGCUCUAAAACUAACCCUUGUUUAUUAAAUAUUAAAGUGGUGGUCGAGAAUCCUCUAGAAAUGCACCAAAUAUUGGUGGAAAUUACCGACGUUAAUGAUAAUGCUCCUACAUUUAUAGACAAGGUGCAUAUUUUGGAAAUAGUUGAAUAUGCAGUGACUGGAACACGGUAUCAGUUGGAAGGUGCACACGAUCCAGAUAUAGGAUCAAAUGCAUUGCAGGCUUAUAAACUGAGUCAGAACCAUUUUUUUCGUUUAGAAACAGAAGACAUGGGUGAUGAGGGGAAAAUCCCGUUUCUCGUUCUACAAAGACCUUUGGAUAGGGAAAAAAGCGCAAAGCAUAAUUUAAUUUUAACCGCAGUAGAUGGAGGCAAACCACAGAAAACAGGGACCUUAAGUAUUACUGUCGUUGUAUUAGACGUCAACGAUAACGCGCCUGUUUGUUCUAAACAAAAAUACAUGGUGACGGUGAAGGAAGAUGCUCUAGGUGGAACUUUUUUGCUUCGCAUUAAUGCUACUGAUUUGGAUGAAGGAGUAAAUGGAGAAAUUGAAUACACCUUAAGAAAUAAAUUUAGAAAUGGUGCCUCUGAGCUCUUUGAUUUAGACAGCAAAACAGGAGAGUUACGCAUAAAAGGUAGUCUUAAUUUUGAAGAGAAACAGGUGUAUGAUCUAAAGAUUCUGGCAUCCGAUAAGGGCGCAGUGUCCUUGUCCACACAAUGUAAUGUGCUCGUAAAAGUAGAAGAUGUAAAUGACAACCGACCCGAAAUUGAUGUCAAUUCUUUAUCUGGUCGAAUCCCAGAAGAUGCGCCUCCUGGCACAGUAGUGGCGUUGAUGGGAGUGACAGAUUUGGAUUCAGGUGUAAACGGAAAAGUUGUGUGCUCAUUACCCAGUGAUAUACCAUUUGAGCUCAAGCAGUCAUCAGAUUCCAAUUUUUAUUCAUUGGUUACUAAAGAACAUAUAGAUAAGGAGUCGCUGCCGUUAUAUAAUAUUGAGAUAACAGCAACAGAUUUAGGCACUCCCCCGCUAUCGUCAACAAAGAUGAUUAACGUUGAGUUGGUGGACAUAAAUGACAACAGCCCUGUUUUUAUCCAAAGUCCAUAUACCUUUUACAUAACAGAAAACAACAAGCCAGGUGGAUCAGUUUUCUCGGUAAGCGCCGUUGAUGCAGAUGAGGGGGACAACGCAAGAGUCUCUUACUCAAUAGAUCGAUUAAACUCAGAUCAAAGCGUAAUAUCAUUCUUGAAUAUUAAUGAGGCAAAUGGAACCGUUAUGGCCCUAAAAAGUUUCAAUUUUGAAUCCAUGAAAACAUUCCAGUUCCACGUGCUCGCUACAGAUUCUGGAACUCCACCACUGAGCAGCAACGUCACAGUAAACGUCUUCAUUCUGGAUCAGAACGACAACGUUCCAGUGAUCUUAUAUCCAGUCAGUUCUAAUGGAUCUGCUGAAGGUGUGGAGGAGAUACCUCGCAAUGUGAACGCAGGACAUUUGGUAACUAAAGUAAGAGCCUAUGAUGCAGAUAUAGGAUACAACGGCUGGUUAUUAUUUUCACUGCAGGAAGUGAGUGACCACAGUUUGUUUGGUUUGGAUCGCUAUACUGGACAGAUAAGGACCCUCCGUUCAUUUACAGAAACAGACGAAGCUCAGCAUAAACUGGUCAUACUGGUCAAAGACAAUGGUAAUGUGUCACUAUCAGCAACAGCGACUGUGAUGAUCAAAGUUGUGGAGCCCAAAGAGGCCUUUGCUGCUUCUGAUGUGAAACAGCAUGUAAAAGACGAGGAGAACGGCGACGUCACUUUUUAUCUGAUCAUCACUCUGGGUUCAGUUUCAGUGCUUUUUAUCAUCAGCAUUGUCGUGCUGACUGUAAUGCAGUGCUCCAAAUCUACAGACUAUUCCUCCAAAUAUCUGCAGGAUUCAAAUUAUGAUGGAACAUUGUGUCACAGCAUCCAGUACAGAUCAGGGGAUAAGCGCUACAUGUUAGUUGGACCCAGAAUGAGUAUUGGUUCUACUAUAGUCCCUGGAAGCAAUGGAAAUUCUUUAGUGAUACCAGAUCGGAGGAGCAGAGCGUCUGGAGAGAAUGGGAGCUCCGUCGUGUAG